AUGCCGGCUUCGAUAACGAACUACGUAGGGUUCGUAUCUCUUUGCGACGAGCUCGGCGAGAUCCCAACCAGUCGGCUUUUCGAGGACCUCUUCUCGGUUAACAUCCACAAAUCCAAGGAGUGGUUCUUCGCUGCGAAUGCUAAGCCGAAGAAGAAUAUAGUCACUGGGCCUAAACCCAGUAAAUUCAACGACUGGGAAUCCCUAUACUUCUUCCUUGAGAUGAACAAUCUCACAGUCAGUAACUCUGAUAUCCCGACUCAAUCGGAGUGGAAGAUUCCGAUCGGUAGAUCUAGACGAGCUCGUCGUCAUCUCCCAAGUCUUCUUCUCAAUUUCGGGCUUACUUCUGAGUUCGAAGAAGCCUUCAGUGAAGCCGGUAAGCGUCGUUGGCCUGAAGUUUGGGAAGAAAUCCUUCAGCGCCGAGCUAAGAAAGCAGGUUCUGUCCGAGAACUAAAACCGCGAAAGCCAAAAGCUCGAGCUAGCAAGCCUCGAGCCGCUCUCAGACGUAAAGCACCGAAGUCGCGAGCUCAACGUACCCGAGCUGCUAGGAUGCUCUCUCUAGACGAGUUCCCCACUCUCUUUGAUGAAGAGGAGCCAAACAUUGCAGAACCGACUCCCAUCCCUGCUACCGAAGGGACCAAUGAGCAGCCUCAAGAAUUGCCGGCCGCUGCGAACUCACCUGACCAAGCUGGUCAGAAGAAGUUGAAGAAGAAGAAGUCCUCGAAGAAGAGUAAGAGGACUGAAGACUCCUCUCGGGCGCAGGACGCGCCUGCCGAGCUCCAGCCGCCAACAGCUGUGGUGUCAGACCUUGCUCUAUCUCAGGAUCGAGCUGAGGCUUCUCAUUCUCGGAAGAGACAGGCCAGAGAACACGCCAAAGGUUCUCCAGAGCCCGAGCCGGCUAAAAGGGCUAGAGUCUCUUUUGACUACGAUGAAGAGACUCCUUUCAAGGAGAACGUCGACGCCUGCGCCGAGCUCUACCAUAAGAUCUCUUCUCAGGUCCCGAGCCUCCCGUCGGUCCCCGAGCUUCGGUUCCCUAACAUGUACAAGGGAAUCGCACGUACAACUGCUGUGCUCGCCAGUCAGACCAAUAACUUGGUCGCCGCGUACGAGGUAGCUCUGUUCGAUGAGCAAGUUAGGGUCACCGAGCUUGAGGAACGAAUAGCCAAAGCAGAGGAGCGUCUCGCCACCGAGCUCCAGAUCAAUGAUACUCUGCACUCUUCGGUUGACCUGCUGAAACAAGAGAGUGCGGAGUUGAAAGCGGUGAAGGCCGAGCUCACUGAGGCUCAGAGCAUGCUUGCGAAGGAGUUCGAGAAAGACCGAGAGCGGCUGCGGGACUUGGUGUCCUACUGGAAGGGUCGAGCCAAAAGCGUUCACGCACAAGCCUGUGAGCGUCUAGAAAAGGUCAUCCGAAGCUUGGAUGACGCUGAUCGGGCUCGUAAGCCGUACCUGGUGGUUAAUCAACUCACCGGAGUCCUCGGGUUCAUCAAGCAGCUCAAGAAGAAGGGCUUGUACGAGGUUCCACCCGAGAUGGUAGCGGACAUCGAGGCGAAGCACACCAAGGCUCUGGAAGAGUUCUGUUCGAUCGAUGCCCGCGUUCUUACGGAGGAAGACAAGCGGAUGUCUCCGUUCGCGGACGAUGAUGAUAUUCCGGCCGUGAAUGUGACCCAAAGCGCGCAAGAUCCUGCGAGGGGCGAACAGUUUGGUUCGAACGAGGAUAUACUCAACGCCGAUCAAGCCGCAACCUCGAAGACCGCUUAA